GUGAGGGAGGGACGGGGAGAGCGAGCUGUCAGGGAGAGCGAGCCGGUGGGGACGAGCCGCGCUGCUCUCCUCCCAGCACCACCCGGGCACGCUCUGCAAGCCUGGCAGCAGCCCACUUCCCCCACCGGAGUUAGUGUACCAAGGAGCCCCUAGAUGCACACACACAUACGCACACCUCUCUGCCCAGGCGCUCCUCCUCCCGCAGCCCGCUGCUGGAAUUAACCACCAACCUUGCCAGGGAAGGAGAACCGGCUUUCAACCUCCCUCCUUUUUCGUUUUUGCCUUUUUUCCCCCCUUUCGAAACUGCCUAAAAGGGGGGCAGGGGGGAGGGAAGAUGUCUCACCCAGCCCGUGCCUCCAGCGAGAAGGCUCCAAAGGGACUUGCGUGGCAAAGGGGACAAAGUGCUCCUGCGAGAGCCCAACUUUGAGACAUGCAGCAGCAGCAGCAUCCCCAGCGCCGCCGCCACCAUCCUCAGCCCAGGAAGUUUUCCUAGGACACCGACCAAACUUGGCAAGAGAAGAGGAGGAGGAGGCGAGAGCCCGGAGCCGAGCAGGGAGAGAGCGAACAGAGGGAGCGCGAGAGAAAAGCCACCCGCGCGCACAAAGCCUUCGAGGAGGAAGGGGAAGAAAAAGUUUCGCUCCGGCAGGGGCAGGCUGCGAGGGCGAGAUGUGCUCCUGAGGGCGUGACGGGGAGAAGGAGAAGGGGGCUCGUCGCUGUGUCCCCCCCUCCCCUGUUUUUGAGCUUUGAUUGGUUUUUUUUUUUGUUAUUAUUAUUUUGUCUUCCUGCAAAAAGAAGCGGCCCGGGCGCUAACAGGUGAACGGAGCUCACGGGAGAUCGGGGCCAAAAGGCAAAGCGGCUGGUGGGGAGGCGAGCCCCGGUUCCGGCGGAGCAGCGCGAGUUCCCGGGAGAGGCUGUUGACAAAGGGAGCCGAAGAGCCCCCGGUUGUGCGGAUUGGUGGCACGCCAGCAGGCAGGGGGGUGGGGGAGCGGAAUGGCCACCGCGGCUUCUAACCCUUACCUCCCCAGCAACAGCAUCCUGGCCGCCGGCUCCAUCGUGCACUCGGACUCGGGAGGAGGGGGCAUGCAGCCGGGCAGCGUCGCCGUCACCUCGGUCUCCGGCGGCUACCGGGGCGACCCCUCCGUCAAAAUGGUCCAAAGUGACUUCAUGCAGGGAGCAAUGGCUGCUAGCAACGGCGGCCAUAUGCUGAGCCAUGCCCACCAGUGGGUGACAGCCCUGCCUCAUGCAGCCGCCGCUGCCGCCGCCGCCGCCGCAGCCGCCGUGGAAGCCGGCUCGCCCUGGUCCACCAGCCCGGUGGGGAUGAGCGGCAGCCCCCAGCAGCAGCAGCAGCAGCAGCAGCCCGAUGUGAAAGGCAGCUCCGGCCGAGACGACCUGCACGGCGGCACGGCGCUACACCACAGGCCACCCCACCUGGGUCCCCCACACCAGGGCCACCCGGGCGCUUGGGGAGCCACCACCGCUGCCCACCUCCCGUCCAUGGCCGGGGGACAGCAGCAGCAAUCGCUCAUCUAUUCCCAGCCGGGGGGGUUCACUGUUAACGGGAUGCUGAGCCCUCCCCCUGGCAGCCAGAGCUUAGUGCACCCGGGAUUGGUGAGAGGAGACACGCCAGAGCUGGGGGAUCACCCCAGCCACCACCAUCACCACCACCACCAGCAUCAGCACCACCAGCAGCACCACGGCGGGGUCAACAGCCAUGACCCCCACUCGGAUGAGGACACGCCGACCUCGGAUGACCUGGAGCAGUUCGCCAAGCAGUUCAAGCAGCGGCGGAUAAAGCUGGGCUUCACGCAGGCAGAUGUGGGCUUGGCCCUGGGCACCCUGUACGGGAACGUCUUCUCCCAGACCACCAUCUGCAGGUUUGAGGCUCUGCAGCUCAGCUUCAAGAACAUGUGCAAGCUCAAGCCUUUGUUGAACAAGUGGCUGGAGGAAGCCGACUCCUCCACGGGCAGCCCCACUAGCAUCGACAAGAUCGCAGCCCAGGGCAGGAAGAGGAAGAAGCGGACCUCCAUCGAGGUGAGUGUCAAGGGGGCCUUGGAGAGUCACUUUCUGAAAUGCCCCAAACCCUCCGCCCAGGAGAUUACGAACCUAGCGGACAGUCUGCAGCUGGAAAAGGAGGUGGUCAGGGUUUGGUUUUGCAAUCGGAGGCAGAAAGAGAAAAGGAUGACCCCCCCGGGGAUCCAGCAGCAGACCCCCGACGAUGUCUACUCCCAGGUCGGCAACGUGAACUCCGACACGCCGCCCCCACACCAUGGACUGCAAACAAGUGUGCAGUGAGAGUCACAACAGUAAGGGAAAGGAAGAGAGGCGAGAAAGGGAAAGGGGGAGGGGGACCGACAACAACACCACAUACACAAAAAUCCAGACUUGUUU